CACACACACCGCAUCUUCCAGGAAGAAAACUCGGGAGUAAAAGAAGCGUCGGCGGUGAAUGAACGGCUCCUGUCAGCUUUAGAGAAGCUUCCAGGGGUUUCCUGCUGUUCGUAUACUGCUUGUCCCACGGAAACACAGUCAACAUGCUGAUUAAAGAGUUCCGAAUCGUCCUGCCCGUUUCAGUGGAGGAGUACCAAGUGGGUCAGCUGUAUGCCGUAGCAGAGGCCAGUAAGAGUGAGACGGGUGGAGGAGAAGGUGUGGAGGUGUUGGUCAACGAGCCCUACGAGAAGGAUGAAGAGAAGGGACAGUACACCCACAAGAUCUACCACCUGCAGAGCAAGGUGCCACGUGUGAUCAGUGCGUUGGCUCCAAAAGGUUCUCUGGAGGUUCACGAGAAGGCUUGGAAUGCAUAUCCUUACUGUCGAACCAUUCUUACAAAUGAAUACAUGAAAGACGACUUCAUGAUUAAGAUUGAGACGUGGCACAAGCCCGAUAUGGGGGAUCAGGACAAUGUACAUGGACUAGACCAAAGCUCGUGGGAAAAAACUGAGAUUGUUGACAUUGAUAUUGCUGACAGAAGUUGCAUAAAUGCAAAGGACUACAAGCCAGACCAAGACCCAGCCAUCUUUAAGUCAGAGAAGACGGGUAGAGGGCCUCUGGGGCCUGACUGGAAGAAAGAACUCGCCAACAACCCCAGCUGUCCCCAUAUGUGUGCCUAUAAGUUAGUUACAGUCAAAUUCAAGUGGAGGGGACUGCAGAACAGGAUGGAGGGCCUCAUUCAAAAGGUGGAGAAGCGUGUGUUCACCCACUUCCACAGACAGCUGUUCUGCUGGAUCGACAAAUGGAUCGAUCUGUCGAUGGAUGACAUACGACGUAUGGAGGAAGAGACAAAGGCGGAGUUGGACGAGAUGAGGAAGAAUGAAGAAAUUAAAGGCAUGGGUGUUGAUGACUGACCGGCUAACCCAAUCACUCUGAUACAGGAGGACUUGACUUCAGUCAGCAAGCUCAGACUCCACUCCUUGGAUACUGGACCCAGAACAACUUGAUAGGCAUAAACAAGAACACCACAGUUACACUCUAAUGAAAUAUGCUCUUAAUAAGAGCUCAUGAUUGCAAACCAAUUUUUGUGUAUUCAUACACUACAAUUAACUACAACUACAGCACUAAGAAACACAUUUGCAAGACAAUCAGUUUUGAAGAUGAAUUGUUCUUGCAUAUGCCUCAUGGGUCCUUUUGAAUUUAAAAGCGAAAGGAAAAGGUGCAAACUGACUCUAAAGCAACAUUUCUGUAUUUUCCAUGUUUACUUACCAGCACAAGUCAAACUUUUCUACUAGUCUUCUGUCUGCAAAAGCUCCAGCGUUACCACAAUCUUAAAAUGUAGUUUUAUAAUUAAAAUAAAGUGCUUUUAAGAAAAUUCAGUUAGUUUCCUCUCACAAAGAUCUCUUACUGCUGUUUUUUCAGUAUUGGAAAUCCUCCACCCACCUGUGCAUGAAGGGUCUUUAUGUAAUAUGAUUCAUCAUGACAUGGUGGUUGGAGGCAUUACAAUGAAAAUACAGCUUAUGAUUGAUUUCUUUAUGAUUAUCAAUGCGGUGUGGUAAUCCCGGUCUGGCUGCACCUGCUGUCGAUGCCAGCUGCUGAUUUAUGUUUUUUUUUAAUUAUAGCUUUGGGUUGAGGUUUUGAGUGUUGGUGAUGAUAAUACAGUACGUAAGAAGAACCUGAACUCUGAACAGACUGUAAAAUGAUUGACACACAGUAUGUCUCGAUAACUGUUCAAAAGUUAUACUGUAAGUCUUGUGUUGAAUGAAAUAACCUGGAUUUUAAUGUAACUAUUCAUGUGAUUGUGUAUAUUAAAGACAAUUUAUUUGUU